UUUCAGGUUAUUGCCCUGUGUGGUUUGGUGGCAGUAUGCCAAGCUGGUCUCCUGGCCGCCCCAGCACACUACUCGUCUGCCGCGGCUGUCUCCUCCCAGAACAUUAUCCGACAUGACCAGCCUGCCCAACACGUCGCCAUCGCCGCUCCUGUAGCCUACCACGCUGCACCCGCCGCUGUAUCCUACCACGCCGCUCCUGCUCACUACUCCUCCGCCGCCGCAGUGUCAUCCCAGAACAUUGUGCGUCACGACCAGCCCGCCCAACACGUCGCCAUCGCCGCUCCUGUAGCCUACCACGCUGCCCCCGCAGCUGUGUCCUACCACGCCGGUCCUGCUCACUACUCGUCUGCUGCCGCAGUUUCGUCCCAGAACAUCGUGCGUCAUGACCAGCCCGCCAGACAGGUUGCCAUCGCCGCCCCAGUAGCAUACCAAGCCGCUCCUGCCGCCGUCGCCUACCACGCUGCUCCCGCUGUCACCACCUACCACGCCGCUCCCGCUGUCACUACCUACCACGCUGCUCCCGCCCGUGUCGCCUACCACGCCGCUCCCGUUGUAGCUCAUGCUGAAGAGAUCAACACCCACCCACAAUACGAGUACAACUACUCUGUUGCUGACGGCCACACCGGCGACAACAAGUCCCAGCACGAGACCCGCGACGGUGAUGUCGUGAGGGGCUCGUACUCCCUCCACGAAGCCGACGGCUCUGUGAGGACCGUGGAGUACUCCGCCGACGCCCACAGCGGCUUCAACGCGGUGGUGCACAACACCCACCCCACAGCCGCCCCCGCCCACCUCGCUCCCGCUCACUACUACCACCACUAAAAUUCCACACUAGUCAUGGACUGCGUUUACUAAUAAGUGACCAAACAGUGAUUUAUUUAUGAUAAUAUACGAAUUAUGUUCUACACAUUA